GGAAUUUAUUCAAGGUUUGAGCUACAAGUGGUAACAUUGGUCACCGGCUUGUGUGUGAUUGUUAAGAUUUUUGUUGUAUCGCGAGUUAUAACAUAGUCCAAUCACCCUUCAGAUAAAGAAAUUCAGCAUUCUACUACAAAAACAUGAAGCUCAAUAGCUUUGUCACAGGCUUGUAAAGACCAAUUAGACUAUAGUCCAAUUAUAAUUAGUCUAUGCAAUAUUUAAUUGAUAUUUCAGUACGGUUCCGGGUAUUUGGUACCCAUCAUUCACAAAUAAGAGUGACGAAUAUCUAAAGACUCGAGAAUUCCUACUGUCAUCUUAAGACUAGUAAUCGACCUAUAUAGGUCGUGUGUGGUAUGUUAACAUACCAUUUUUUACAGGCUUUUACUCAGGGCCUCUUCAUUGAUUUUAUUGUUGUUCGAUGAUCACAGAGAAUUCCCAAACUAAGGUUUCCAUAUGCCUUUUAUUCUUAAGUUUUAAAGUUACCGCACAGUCCUUUGUAAAGAUCUUUAAUAAACGGUCAGCAAAUAUGACGUCGAAGAUGAACUCCGUUCUUGAGGUGCUUCUCAAUCUCCUUACUUAUCACUAGGGAGAUUCAAGCUAAUUAGUGGGCUCUACCGGCCGGUACGAACUGUGUUAUUCCAGUGUUAGUAAACUAAGUAGUUCUACGUGUCUAGGAAACUUGUCUCAGUAAACUAAAAACUAGUAUCAGUUUGUUUCGAGAGAUAUUACAUGGACAUAAGAGAAUGUUAGUGCAUGAAAUGCCUAGGAGUUAUAGACAAUAACAGUUUUUCAUAUUUAUCUAAUUUUCUGGUAGAUGAGAGUACUUAUUUCUGCAAAUCCGAGAACAACUUGGGUCCCCACUUGAUAAUCCCAUGAUAGAUGUAAACAAAAUAAGUUCGACCCACAUUAAAGUUUAAAUUGCGGACUAUAUUAGUUUUUAGUUCACUUUAGAAGGAAAAGUGUUCUUCAUCAUAAAUUUCUGUAACAUUUAAGAGAAGGCUAUUUAAUAGGCAUUUCGAAGCAGUUGACGAAAAAAGGUCUGCCCUCUCAAUUCUCUUAUCCUCCUUUCUAAUUUUCCAUUCAAAUAAAGUUCCGGUGUACAAAGUCAUUCAUGUACUAGGUCCUAUGUUGUUUAUUCAGGUUUCAUGACGAUAUUGUCGAAUCAGUCCAGUGACCCUGUAAUUUCUUUAUCUAUGCUACAUAAAAACCCACGAAAUCAUUUAAGUCUUCCAUAAUUUAUUUUCCCUUAAUUAUGUUGUUAUCGUUCGUUCUUAAGUCAUUAUCCUUUAGCUCAUUUUUAGUACUGCCAAGUCUAAUAAAUGUUCUUCACAUGUGAUGAAACACGAACAUACAAAUUUAUCCUGUUUGCCAGGUUUGCCAGCUUUCUCAUGACUUAGUGCCAACAAGUUAUAAAAAGCCUCAUGUACACAUCUUGAAAAGAUCACUAGAUUCAUCUGUAGGCGUUUGAUAUACGGAAAUACUUCCAGUGAUCAUCCAGUCAAGGAAUGUAGUCUGACAUGUGUGCAUCGGUUCAUGCUGCUGCACUAUUAGCACAUCAAAGUUGUGCUGUGGUAGUAACAUUAUUAGUGCAAAUAGGAGAGAUUAUACAGCAAUGUGUUUGUAGUGAUGUUUUUAUAUUAUUCAAGUGUCUUACUUAAAGCAUGUAGAAAUGGUUUUCUAAUAAAUAAAGCCCUUUUUGCAUACGGUGGUAUCUGUUAUAAGGUCAAUUAAUCUUUUUUCACCAUAUAUUGGAUUAUUUUAGCAUCUAUCGUAAUUUAUAGGAACCAUACGGUUCCACUUCAGACCAAAGUUCUAAAUAACCGUAUAUUAUUCGAAAUACAAAAGAGCUAUCAUAUAAAUGGGUAAGCAUUCUUUCAAACACAAUCCUUAUGAUUUCAGGUGGUAUAUUUAGUCUGUUUUCCCGACUGUUUGGAAGUAAAGAACGGAGAAUCCUCAUCUUAGGCUUAGAUGGAGCCGGGAAAACGACAAUUCUCUAUAGGUUACAGGUUGGUGAAGUGGUAACAACCAUCCCUACUAUUGGAUUCAAUGUAGAAACAGUUGUUCACAAAAAUCUUAAAUUUCAAGUAUGGGAUUUAGGCGGUCAAACUAGUAUUCGACCAUAUUGGCGUUGUUAUUAUGCGAAUACUGAUGCUAUUAUUUAUGUAGUGGAUAGUAUGGAUAAAGAUCGAGUUGGAAUUUCUAAACAAGAAUUAUUUUCUAUGCUUGAGGAGGAAGAGCUUCGUGGUGCUGUACUGGUAAUAUUGGCAAAUAAACAAGAUAUAUCUGGUUGUAUGACUAUCAGUGAAGUAGCACAAUCACUUGGCUUAGCUGCAAUUAAAAAUCGACGUUAUCAAUUAUUUAAAACAUCUGCAUUAAAAGGUGAAGGAUUGGAAGAAGCCAUGGAUUGGUAAGUUUAUUCAAUCUAUUAUAAAAUGAAUGAUUAACUUUACUUUAAGUCUGUAUUCCUUAUAGUUGAAUGGAGUGGUUAAGGUGUUUGACUUUCAAUCAUUAAGCCAUAUAUUUAAAUCACGCGCUUCAUGUACUUAUAUUUCAAGAAUUAGUUGGUAUCACCAGCCUUCGUACUUACAGCGUGACUCAAAGCGAAUUAAAUGUAUUUGUACAUGGUAAAUGAGUAAACGGGAGAUGUAUACAAUAAGAUGCUAGUUGGCUGACGGUGAUGAACUGGAUGGCUCACCUACUUAAAUUGGGUUUCGCGCUAGUUGUCACUUGUCAAGGGCGAGUUAUAUUUAUAAUAUUAUCGAAACUAAUGCUCCUCGUUAAAUUCAAACUUGGGCCAUUCAUUUUUCAAGUUAGAGAUGUUACCAAUGAACUCUUUGAGUUUCGUUACCCUUCUGCAUGUGAUAGUGAAUGAGACUACGUCCAUGUUUCAGGGUUUGAGUACACUUGAUGGUACUAUGGAAACAAUUAAGUCAACCAACUAAGUCCGUCAAAUUGAUACCGUUGACUGGUUUAGUUUUUUCCUAAACUUUCCUACUUUAAAACUUAAUUCUCUUUCAUUGUGCACUGGAUUAUUAACUUUAUGUAACCGCUAAUGUUUAUUGGUCGGAAGUUAUGAUAACUAUUACAUUUGUUAACAUAAUACAAUAUGUCUUUUAUUGGUUCACAUUCACAUUUGUUUAGAUGAUAUGUACUUUACCGUAAAUCGGCUGAUAAUCAAACUUAUUCGUUUGUAUUAAGGUUUCAGAUUUCAUAAGAUCCUUUUGUACAUAAUAAUAUUAUUUAUUGAGUUGAUAGUUUGUAAACAGAAAAGUCCACAUUGAUUUCAAGGCGUGAAUGUUUACCAAACUAUGGAGACUUCACAGAGUUGCAGUAGCGGUUUGACGAUUUAAACAAUCGGCCCUCAACUAACAGGUCGGAUUUUCGAACUUCAAUCUGCCUGCUUCAGCUUGAAUGAUCAAGUAUCACCACUAUGCCUCUAAUACAAACAAUGCAAAUCAGUUGUAUCGUGCUUGAUGACUGCGAUACAUUGUUACUUCUGAGAGUUUUGAACAGUCUGUAGGGUACUUAACCCUUACAUAAUUAGAUAGGUGACGAAAAUAAAUAUCUUCAUGAGUUGAUAUCACAUCACCAUUUGUUUAUUCUUAGCGUUUUAGUCAGUCAGCCACAACGUAGCACCUGGUACGUAUGUACAUCGGUUCAAGUUGCCAUAUCCCAUUUGCAGAUAUGUCAAACCGAAUCCCAAAAAAUUAGAGAUGGUAUCAAUAUCAAUCGUAAUAAGAAUUGGGCAUCGUAGAUAAGAUCCGAGGGAGAAUAUAAAUUAGUGAAACAAAAACGAAAAAAAGUCAUGAGAAAUAUAGAAUCUCAGAAUUAGGGAAAAGAUAAAGAAUGGAUGCAUGUGCCCCAUUUCAAACUAUUUUAAGCUAUGCCAUUCCCAACUAAAUUACACAUUAAUCACUCUUGUAAGCUGAAAUAUGGAAAACUGGUGACUCAAAAUAUUUGACGUGUUCUGAUCAACUUUUGUCGAUACUAAGUAAACAACGAAAUAGACUCACUCGUCAUAUUUUAAUAGAAAAUAUCCUGUGAUAUCCUAGUUCAUGGAAUUAGAAGUUAUUUACCUCACAAUAUUAUUGCUAAUUACAUAAUAUCUAUUUGAAUAAACGUCAUAUUUUAUUUAUGCAGGUUAUCGAACACUCUGUGUACACAGAAAUGAUUUUCGCUACCAAAGUUCCUUCUUAUUACACAAAUGAAAUAGCUUGUGGAUUGGGGAGUUCCUCGUUUUUGAUUUUACUUUUUACCGGCCAUUUCUUUGUAAAUGCCCUCCUUUUCAUUUGCUGAGUUUGACGAAAUGUCUCGUCUCUUAACUUUUAUACUUACAAUCAUUUGAACUAAUCAAUGUCUUCCUUUGUUUCCACUAAAAUGUACAAUUUGACUUGCCUGUGAUACACCUAUUUUCAACCAUAAUACAUUAUCGUUGGUAGAUAUGACCCAUUAUAAACUACAUAGAAGUUACUUAUCUAUUACUCGUGGAACAUUUGCCACGCUGAAGAUAUACUGAUGGUCUUCCUGAUCGUAGGUAUCUUGGUUUCUUAGUACUAACCUAGAGGUUAGAUUGAUUUUUUUCAGAUUACAACUUGCAUCUAGUAUGAAAUAGAGUCCCAA